UCCUUGUACUCGUGUUGUAGAUCGUGUCGUAGAAUCUUUGACUCGUUGUAUUUGUAACUGCAAUCCCCUGUUCGGCCAUCAAUGGCUGGGAGUUCCAAAGCGUCAAAACAGGAAUUUCGAGAUCUCCGUCACUUUCCUUCCCGAUAUAUUUAGAUUUCGACAAAUCGCAGCCGCUGAUCUUCUAGAAGGAAAACACUCUUGAUAUUCCGGGUGGAGUGGCUAGGUAUAGGGUUUCGAGCAAGGAUCUCGAAUCCGGUUCCAGAUCUCGCGAUUCACGGUUCCUGGUGAGUUCUCUCUUGGUUUAGGGACUGUGCUCUGGAACUGCUUCCGAUUGAUAGAUUUCUUCAAAAGCAUUGGCGGUUUCAUGGAUUUUGCUAGUUUUGGAGUAGAAAUUCACUUCCUUCGAAGUUCGUCGGAGGUCUUAGUCUCCGUUUCUGAUUUGUGAAUCUGGAUGAUUUUUAUCCCUAUAUACUAUCACCGAGGAUCAAACCUGAUGGACGGAAUGGAUUUCACGUAUACGAUAUGGUGGGUCCCUGAGAGCUUGGGUUUUUUACGGGCGGCUUGAAACAGGCGCCGUACAGGAUUCCGGUCAAUCUCGAGGGGAGAUGUACCGUGCAAUCGACAUCUUCAGUCAACAUUUUUAAAUCUAUCAGAUGACACGUCAUCUCAAUGAUCACCCUUUAUUUCAGUGCGCCCCACAGCGACUUCCUGGAUCUUACUAUUCGUAUGUCAAUGAUCACAUCAACAACCGUUUCAAGCGCCAGACUCUUCUCGUUGUUCAGCACUCUUUUAGAAACAGUGGCAAUAGAAACACGAAGCAAUCUAAAAUUUCUGAGGCUGGGUAUUUCCCUGUUUGGGCAGCAGGCAAGAUCAAAGAAGGUGAUGUCCUCUGCUUAUUAGACCACAUAUUGGAGGGGAUUACUGACAUGGAAGAACUCAACAGAGCUUGCAGAGUUGCUUGUUGGUGUAUUCAAGAGAACGAGGAGUCUCGACCAUUGAUGGGUCAGGUUGUUCAAAUUCUGGAGGGUGUUUUAGAGGUGAGUGUGCCACUGAUUCCGAGAUUUCUUCAAAAUCUUGUAGACAAUAAGGAGACGAUAACCUCUCACACUGGAAGCAGGACUAGAUUACCAGAUAUCAUACUGAUGGUCUAGUAAUCUAAAUCACUUAAAAAGGAAAAUGGUCAGCUUUCACAUUCAAUGGACGGUACCAGAUGGUUUGGUAAUCUAAAUCAGUGUGGUUUCGUUUGGCUAUGCUCUUCUUUUUUUGGGUGCAUUUGUGUGUGAUCAUUUCUCAUUUUUGUUUUUAUCCAACUUCCAGUAGUUAGUAAGCUUUUGCGGUUUAAUUGAUAUGGAAAAUAAAAGUAAAAGCCUUUUUUUUGAGAUUAUUUCAAUCAAUUUUAAUGUAUGGUUUUACUUCUCAAAA